AUGAAUCCCCUAUGGCUAGUCUUCAACCUCGUGCUGGUCAUAGAGCUCUGGUAUUGCCUCUGUGUAUACUCUGAUAUGGGGCCUAUCCCCACAGACCGGCAGCACCACCGUCAAGGACUACCUCAAGCUGAGGCACCCUCCGUAGUAAGCAAAGGUUUUUCGAUGUCCGCCUACUCAUUCUUGUCAUUGUGCGACCACGGGGUUGUCGCUCAUCGUUCUGAACCUUCAGCCGCUCGCGUGGCAAAGUGGGGUCGUGAUGGAGCGGAGCGCAACACAACACCACCGCCAUCUAUGGCUCUCCAUUUGCGCACCAUUGGUGGCGUGAGAGACACAGGUGCUAAUAGGUACAAGCAGAUCGAACGUCAGUCCUCAGCUUCUCGCCGCAAAGAUGCCAGCAUGACGGUAAUGCUUGAUCGCACUUCCGCCUUUGCCUUUGACCAUGAAAAGUACUGCUCGUGUAGCGAAAGCAUGAGUAGUAUCGAGCCCAGUACACUGCCCUCGACAUGCCCAACUUUCUCGGUCUCUCGAGGCCCAUCGGCCGGCACCUUCGGCCUCGACAGUCGCGUCAAGCCUGCUGGUCGACCACUUCCUUAA